UGGCACCGGCCAUGGAAAAUCCAGGGAAGAGGGUGUUGAUCACCUCCAAUGGCGACGAGAUCUCGCUCAAUAUUGCCUUCCAUUUAGCAAAACGGGGUUGCAGAUUAGUUCUAAUGGGGGACGAAUCCAGCCUAAGAAGUGCUGCGGAGAAGAUAACGGGGUCCGUAGACAGCGCCCUUUUAGUGGAAGUUGUUGGACUGGAUAUGGAAGAAGAGAAAGAGGUGGUCUUCGACGCGGCGGUGAACGACGCGUUCAAGGUUCUGGGUGGCUUGGACUCUUUCGUCCAUUGCUACUCUUACGAAGGAAAGGUGCAAGACCCUCUGCAGUUGGCUGAUGAUGAGUUUAAGAAGAUAGUGAAAAUAAAUCUUAUGAGCGCGUGGUAUUUGAUGAAGGCUGUUGCAAGGAGAAUGCGCGAUAGCAAAUCAGGAGGAUCAAUUGUGUUUUUGACUACACUAAUUGGUGCUGAGAGAGGCAUAUAUCCGGGAAGUGCUGCUUAUGGUACAUGCUUGGCAGGAAUACAGCAGCUGGUUAGGAUCUCCGCCAUGGAUAUUGGGAAAUACCAGAUCAGAGUAAAUGCAAUAGCCCGUGGGUUGCACCUAGAGGAUGAGUACCCAAUCACAGUAGGGAAGGAGAGGGCACAGAGGUUGGUGACGCAAGCAACCCCGCUGCGGAGGUGGCUGGACGCGAAGAAUGACCUGGCUUCCACCGUCAUAUAUUUAAUUAGCGAUGACUCUCGUUACAUGACCGGAACCACCAUCUUUGUCGACGGGGCCCAGUCCAUUGUCCGGCCUCGGAUGCGUUCUUAUAUG